GAGCUGCGGUCAGAAGCGACACAAACACGCAGUUUAAAACUAAAUAACUCCCUAUUUUACACGUUUUCUGGACUUUAAAGCACUUUGAAUCUACUUUCCUUUUGUUUUUUUGUACCAAGAAGUUAUAGGGACUGACAUUCCUUCAUCUAACACCAGCCGAGGACUCAUGUUGUCCCUGCAGCAGUACAGAGGUCAGCAUCUGUCCGUCGAGCCCAGAGAGAGAGCCUGAUCCUGGGCAGAGGGAUCCAGCUGAUGCCGCGCUGCCCCCCUCCACACACAUACCAACACACACACUUUGACAUGCUAUAACCUCCUGAUCACGGAUCAAAAUGAUGGCCUCAGUGGUCGCCAGGGGCAACCGGAGGAAGUCCCUGAGCCUGAGAGGGGUCGACCCUGAGACCUGCAUGAUCGUGUUUAAAAACCACUGGGCUCAGGUGGUGAAGAUCCUGGAGAAACACGAGCCGGGUCGCAGUGGAGCUCUGAGUUUCCUCUCGUCUCACAGCGGGGGGUCUUCAGCUCUGAGACUCGGACCGAUCCCCCCCGACGAAGCCAGCGCCGUGCAGAACUACGUGGAGCACAUGCUGUUCCUGCUGAUGGAGGAGGAGGCGGGUCAAGGCGGAGCGAUGGGGCCCAUCCUGGAGCUGGUGGUGCUGGAGGGCGUGAUGGAGAGGCUGUUCUUGUGGAGUCUGAGGAGGCAGUUCACUGAGGACAUGAAGCUGGAGCAGCUGAGGAUCUACCAGAUGCUUCUCUCUCAGGCGCGGCAGCCUCUGCUUCAUCACAAACCUGUCCUCCGUCCUCUGAUGAUGCUGCUGGCCUCCUGCAGCGGGGCCAAUGCUGAAGGUGGAGGUGUGGUGGAGGCGGAGCUUGUUCUCCUGCUGCACCAGCUCUGCGUCUCAUUGGUUAAAGACCCCUCAGUGCUGGAGCUGUUCUUCCACACCAGUGAAGACCAGGGGGCCGCCAACUUCCUGCUGUUCUCCCUGCUGAUCCCCUACACACACAGACAGGGAUCAGUGGGUCAGCAGGCUCGAGACGCUCUGCUGCUCAUCAUGACUCUGUCCAACAGCGAGCAGAGAGUCGCCCGACACAUCGCCCAGAACACAUACUUCUGUCCUGUGCUGGCCACAGGUCUCUCUGGUCUGUACUCGUCUCUUCCUGCCAGGCUGCAUGUUUACAGUGAAGACUGGCACUGUCUGGACCAGGAAGACUGGCAGCAGGUUCCAGCUCUCGUCCACUUCCUGCACUCACUGGACUUCUGUAGUGCUGUUACAAAGGUGUCUCACCCCUCGAUCCGCUCUCAGCUGUUGGGAUAUAUCUACAACGGCUUCCUGGUUCCUGUUCUGGCUCCUGCUCUGCACAAGGUGAGUGUGGAGGAGGUGAUGACCACCACGGCGUACCUGGAUCUGUUCCUGCGCUCCGUCUCUGACCCCGCCCUCCUGCACAGCUUCCUGUCCUUCAUCCUGCUGCACACGCACGACGGCGUGCACAUCCUGGACACGCUGGUGAGCAGAGUCAACACACCCUUCCAGCUGGGCACCGUGUCUCUGGCUCUGUUCAGGACUCUGAUCGGUCUCUUCUGUGAGGACGUCAUGCUGCAGCUCGUCUUCAGGUAUCUGGUCCCCUGCAGUCACCUGAGCAGGAGGCAGCGUUCCUCCCUUCAGCAGAAACACUGCUCCUCCUCUUCCAGCGUCUCCUUCCUGUUGCUCCUUCCCUCCUGGAGCCCCAGAAACAACAACAACAACAACAACACACACUCAGAGCACAUCCACUGGCCCAAAGCAGCCGAUGUUUCAGACAGCGUGGGUUUCUGUAGAGCGUCAGAGUUCCUGAUGGAUGUGAACUACCUUCACUACCUGUGGGACGCUCGCCAGGCCAUAGACUCCUCCCAUUGGGCGUGUGAGCGAUGGUCGUCUCCGUACGACGGCAUCGAUCCUCCGCCUCUCGAAUACCGAUCUACCGUUGAAGAAGACGAUGAACAAAUCGUAUCUCAGAUCGAAAACGACUCCCCGACAUCCGCCUUUUCCCCCUCGCCUCCUUGCUCAGAUCCUCUUUCUACGGGAAACCAAACCUUAAAACCUGGUUGUUCGUUAGAGCUGGAGUGGGACGACAUUUUUGCGGACGACGAUCUUUCUUCAUUAGCAAAUGGCGGCGUAACGAUGGAAGUCUCCGGAUGCAUUUCGACGCCUUUACCUCCGAGACACAUCCAGGAAAUGAGGCGUGCGGCAACCAAGUCGGUGCACGGGUCCUACGUGGAGGAAUCGGACUUCCAAGACGAUUUUCUGGUCUAUAAUCUGGUCGCUCAGAGGGAAACGAAGGCGGCCAUUUUGGAGCGAAUCAUGGCGACAAAUCGGCGAGUGCGAGGAAACAAAACGACGACAUUUGGAAAGACUGUGAUGGAAACGGUGAACAGUAUAAUGUCGACACGGAGGAGGAGCGAGGAGGCAGAGAAGGAGGAGAGAAGAAGGAGCGAGGAGGCAGAGAAGGAGGAGAGAAGAAGGAGUGAGGAGAGGAAGCAGGAAGCAGAAGAGGAGGCGAAUAAAAGGGAAGGAGGGGGAGGAAGACUCACGAAUGGAUUCAACGAUAAGCGACUCAUCAUCAGCGAAAAGGAUGGUCGUGAAGAAGACAAACAUCCAACGACAUGUUUAGGGACGUUACAAAAUGGCCACUCUGGGAUUAAUCACUUAAUAAAUCCACAAAGUGAUGAAGUCGCUAAAAAAGACGACUUCCUGUCCCGAUACCACGAGUUAAUGCUGUCUUUAGGCGUGGAGCCGGAUUGUGACGACGUGGCUAACGACAUUAGCUCGUUUAGGAAGAGGGUUCGAGUGCUGAGACAGAGAAUGGAAGAGGAAGAAGAGGAGAUUGUUUUUGACUCGUCGUGGGAUGAAGGAGAGGAGGAAGAGGAGGAAGUGAUGGAGGAAGGAGAGGAAGGAGACAGGAAGGAAGGAAGCAGGAGGCAUGGAGUUCCCUUUACAGGCCCGUUCAUCAGCGUCUUGUUGUCCCGGCUGGAGAAUCUUCUGGAAAAUUCAAUCUCUGUGAAUCUGCUGGUGACGGGAAUCCUGUCUCAGCUGGCGUCGUACCCUCAACCUCUGCUGAGAGACUUCCUGCUCAACACACACACACACACACACAACGUGCGCACACUCUACCAGGUGUUGGUGUCAGUUCACGCUCAGAUCGAGCUCUACGUGGCGGACAGACCUGAUUUCCCCGCUCUGCUCACUCAGGCCUGGAGGUUCCUGCUGGCUAAAGACCAGGACAGCAAGUUCAGAGAGAGUUUCCAGUCUCAGGAGGGGGAUGUCAUUCUGCCGCCAUGCCCCCCCAUCCCAACGCAGGCCAAAAACAGAGUCUUCGCCAUCGUGAUGUUCGCCGAAUUCCUCAAAGAAAUGUCCGCCAUCGCCCAGGAGCAAAGCAUCGCUCCGUCUGCUGAGGAGGAGAGGAGUGAGGACAAUAAAGUGCAUUGUACUGUGUGAAGGUACUGCUGAAGAAAAAGGACACAAGGCUUGUUAAAGGCCUGACAAAAAGCACAAAACAUGCAACAAAAAUGAUUAAAUGUGAGUAAUAUAUGUGGAUGUUACAGAACUUAUGUGUAUUUUUCUGCAUUUGCACCAUUUUAUAUUAAUCAGAACCAGAACACUUAAUUUAUCCCGGGGGAAAUUGUGUUUUGUAUUUAUAAAGAGACUUAAAGCAAGAAUUCAAAGUAAAAAUAAACUAAAUAUUUGUAUAAGCAUAGGGCGUUAAAAUACAGAUUCCAAUAAAAGAUAUGAAUAAUUAAAAUAAAAUGUUAUUUUAAAAUGUUUUGGGGGGAAUCUUACUUUAAUUCUUAUAUUUGUUUAAAAUACAAAUUAUUUAUUACAUUUGAUUUUAUUGCACAUUCUUACUCUAACUUUUUUUGUAUUUAUAAAUAUUUGUAUUCAAUUAUUUAACUGAAAAAUGUAAAACUACAGUGUGACACAAUAUUACAACAUGUCAGAGUGAUAUAUGAGGACUGUUAAAUAUUUGUUAUUUAUAUUCUGAGCGGUAUUUAUACGUGGAUAAAACUAUGUAAACAGA